GAGUCAUUGUUCAGGAAUGUGCAGCAUAACUCAGAAGCCAUUUUGUGAUGAUAUCCCUUGUUGAGAAAGCCUGUGAGGAUGCUGAAACCAGCGAACAUGGUUUACAUUCCUGUCUGUUUCUCCCUCCGUCUCCUCUAUUUUCACCGUGGCAGCUGUCAACCGACGGGACAUUAGCAAAGCAAAGCGGGGUGUCGAGCUGUGCUCACAGGGUUAAAACGCCACUGAAAAUGAAAGAGGAGAGUGUCUGUUUACUGUCUCUGUCGAGACAUGUAACACCGUGAGUCUUUUCGAGUCUGAAAUCUUCCAGCAUCUCUCACAAACCAACCGUCUCCUUUGAGUGACCGUGUUAUAAUUCACUCUUGUUACCGGGGAGAAGGAGAAGCAGAUACGUUAUUUUUACCUUUUUUUUUUCUCUCUCCAAAUGGCUUCUGUGAGCCUUGUUUCCAGUCCCCCAGCCCCUGUCCUUGACAAAAACAUGACAGGCUCUGAGCUUGCAGGGGAUGAAAGGGAGGAUGGUGAACUGGAAGAUGGAGAAAUAGACGAUGAAGGAAUAGAGAUUGAAGAGGAGAACAAGGAGGCUGCUGAGGUAAAGGAUGACAAUGAGAAAGAGAAGGAAAAAGAAAAGGAGAAAAGUAAAGAGAAAGAAGAGAAGGCACGCAGACAUGCCAGGAAAAGAUACAAAAAGACCAAGGAGAAGAGGAGGUCCAAAAGGAGGAAACGUGAAAGACAAAGACAUCAUUCCCCCUCCAGCAGCUCUAGCUCCGACAGCUACGACUCAGACUACGACCGAGCAGAAAAGCCCAAAAGCAGGAAGGGUCAAGGUUACAGUCGUGAAUCUGAUAACCAGUCCUCUCAACACUCAAAGGGACUCCAUGGGAACUCAAAGAAAUCGUCUCCACAAAAGAGCAGUGAUUUUGAUAAAUACAGCGACGACUACAGUGAUGACAAGUAUGACUAUGACGAAGAGGAGGAGGAUUAUGAAGAUGACAUGUCAGAGUACCAGCAGUCCAAAGAUGGGAGUCAGGGGAAGGGACGCUACUCAAAGGAACAGAUGAGCAGAGGAAGCUUGAGAGGGAUGAAGCAGCAACAAUUUGGACAAAGAGGAAGGGGCAGAGGGAGCGGACCAGGAAGAGGGCGGGGGAUGCUCAUCAAGAACAAGAAACUUAAGGGCAAACCAUGGGGAGGACGCGGGCGUGGCCGAGGAGGAGACCAGGGAAUGGAAGACAUGGGACCAGAAGGAAAGAGCUCUUCUGGCUUUCAGAAAAAAUGGCCAAUCAUGAGCAAGGAGUUCAUCAGUCAGCAUACAGUUGAACACAAUGGUAGAUACAUCUGCAAGUAUUUCCUUGAGGGUCGCUGCAUCAAGGGGGAACAGUGCAAAUUUGAACAUGAGCUUGUGGUGCCUGAUAAGAAAAAGGAACUUUGUAAGUUUUACCUGCAGGGAUACUGCAGCAAAGGAGAUCACUGCAUUUACAUGCACAAUGAAUAUCCCUGCAAGUUCUUUCACACAGGAGCCAAAUGUUAUCAAGGGGACAACUGCAAAUUCUCCCAUGAUGCUUUGAAUGAUGUGACCAAAGAGCUGCUUGAUAAGAUAAUUAACACGGAAGAGGAGAACGCCCGGGAGGACGAGUUGGAGCUGGAGGAUCUUAGAAAGCAGGGUAUUGCUCCACUUCCAAAACCUCCUCCUGGAGUAGGGUUGCUGCCCACCCCGGGUCAGAGCAGUCCCACAGAUGGGGCCUCUGGUCAGUGUGGCAAGAAGAUUCCCUCUCUGUUUGAAAUCAAGGUUCAUCCUACUGUAGACUUGGCACAAAAAAUUGGUCUGAGUGGCUCCAACUUCUCCCAGAAUCAGGCGGAUGGGACGAAUCAGUUUAGUGGCAUCUCAGAAGACAUGCAGGGUGCAGCUACUGUGGCUUCAGGUCCUCCCCCAGUAUCACCCGCUGAAUCAGCUGUUGUUAUGGGUCACCCCGCCGGGCCCCCUAUGCCACAGAGUCCCCCAGGAAAGCACCUGCCCCACGGAUUUCCAAUGCAACCACCACCCCCGUCUGGUCAGCCCCCACCCUUUCAUGGAGGCAGUAUAAACCAGCAGAUGAAUAUGCAGAAGCCUCCCUUCCCACCAGACGUGCAGAUGUUACAAAACAUGUUAUCCUUCUCAUCGUUUGGUCAGAACCCAGUAGAUUUCUUGAGCAGCUACUUCCAAAACCAGGCCAUGGGUCAACAGGGAGUCGAACCUGGUCAGGCCUUCAUACAGAGCUUUCAGCAGCUGAUGGGUCCAGAGUCACAGUUACAAUCUUUGCCGCCUGCAGUGCAGAAGGCCAUCUUAUUACAUCUGAGACAGCAGCAGCAGCAGCAACAACAGCAGCAGCAGGAGUCCCAGGGCAAGGAGCCACAAAGAGCAGAUGGACAGGCUGAAAAGAAAGAAAACAGGGAUGAAACAACAAACUGGUAUUCAAGUGAUGAGGAGGAUGGGGGCUCUGGUGUCUCCUCCAUCCUCAAGUCCCUAAAGAAGCACAAUGAGAUGCAGCAGAGUCAGUCGGCAACUCCAGCAUUGGGUGAUCCCAGGCUCAUGAAGGAACGAGCCCCAUCCAGCGACCCUAGGGUGAAGGCAGACCUUAGACAGCGACUCCCAGAUCCCAGUAAGGAGUUGGACGGAGCUCCAGAUCCCAGGCUUCCCAGAGACCCCAGGAAGAUGAGACCAACUGAUCUCGGUCGGCAGCAGAGUCACCCUACUCCACAAAAGGCUCCAACAGGAGAGGAGGAUGAAGAAGGAGAGAGAGAACUCAAGGACAGAGCAGUUCUUAUCCCACUAGAAGCCAGCCCUGGCAUAGUGCUGCGGGACCCUCGCUGUCAGCUAAAGCAGUUCAGUCACAUUCGGGUGGACAUUCUGCUCCAGCGGCCUGCCUUUGCUCAGACAGUGGUGUGGGCACCUGAGGACCUUAUCCCUUCCCUUGUUCCCAAACAAGAGCACUCCAUCAACCUGCCACUUCCACCACUGAUCGCAGACGCUCAAAUGAACCGAACAAGUCUGCCCGACCAUUCCAUAGUUACAACCCCUCCGCCGUCUGACCCCAGACUAACAGCUGCCCGUUUGAAGGAACGGUUGGGUCGAAUCCCCACUGGAUCCCUGGAGUCAAGAUCGUCCACAGACAGACCUGUAGAUCCACGGCAACAGAAAUCUCUGGACCCAAGACUCAAGCGUAGAGGGAGCCUGGACUCCAAGCUGCUGGGUCAGAAAGAACCUUCCUCUGCUGGAGGACUUGUGGACCCCAGACUCCAGGAAGCCAGUACCGACUCCUCUCCUCAAGCUGCCCAAGGCAAGCUAGAACCUGACAAACUACCGCCGUAUGCCCCCCGGUUGGCUUCCUCUGACGGAGGGCUUGAGAGUCCCACCACAAUCCUUGGCGGCAUCAGCUUGUACGAUCCCCGCUCUCAAACAGAGCAGACACAGAGGGAGCAGGUUAAACCUCCUAAAAAACCAGGGAUUCUGAAACAGCCUUCCAAAAUGGAUAACUCUCCUGCACCAUCUCUCUCACAAACCCAGCGAAGUGGCUCGUUUGAAGAGGUAAAAAGCACAGAGGUCGCCUCACAUACAAGCCCUCCUCCUACUUCGACCAACGGGCCACCUCCAGCCUCACCCGUCAAACCCCCCGCAGUUCAUAAUCUCCCCAUCCCAACUUUGGCCGGGCUGAUCCGACCUCAGUACGCCGACCCCAGGCAGGCUAAGCAAGGAGGACAGGGUACUGCAGGACCACAGGAAGAGACAGAGGUCAACAAGGACCAGGAGGGGAAGGUGGAGGGGGACAAGGAUAAGGAUAAGGACAAGGAAAAGGAGGAGGUUGUGGAAGAAGAAUCAGAGCAGAAAGAUCCAGACGAGACAGAUGACAGGACACUUAAAGAUGUGUUUAAGACUUUUGAUCCUACUGCUUCUCCUUUCUGUCAGUAGAUUCUUCAGUGUUUUGUAAAUUGUUGGAUCAUUAUCACGCAUCUUUAUUUAGCAAUACAUGACCCUAUUUAUUUCUGUAAAUAAUCAUGUACAGGUUAUCACAACAUCACGUUUUUCAGAAAACCGAAUUGCGGGGACGUUCCGGUGUCAUGUUUUGGAUUUUUUAUAUGCAAAUCUUCCGCUGUGAGAAACGAAUUCACUCUACAUGCAGACAGUCUAUUAUGAUUAUAAUUAGGACUUUGCUAGUAUUUAUUCCUUUCAUCUGAGAGCUAUGUCUUUACUUUUAUAUUUACAUUUUUAAUAGAAUCAGAAAACAGAUUUUGUUUUGUUAAUGACUUGUUAUUCUCAGAUAAUCAAAAAGAAUCAUCACAUGUAUCACAUAAUUACACUGACAUUUAUUUUCCACUUUUUAAACUUUCUAUACAGUUAAAGUAUUUUGCUGAGAUGUAUGCACUGCAUCAUCUUAGCCGAACUUGAUAUAGCUUCUUCGUUUUGCUCUUUCUGCUGAUUGGUGCAAAUUUAUAUUAGGUAUUAGGUACUCAUUUUGAUUUACAAGGCCUUGCAAAUAUAUUUGUAUUUUUUCCAAAUUUUGUCACAUUACAAACUUCUGUGUAUUUUUUGGGGGGGAUUUUAUGUGGGAAGUUGCAGGAAAAUUAUGCAUUUUUAAAAAUUCUUGACAGAUAAAAAUUCGAAAGGUGUGUGUUUGUAUUCAGCACCAAUGAGUCGGUACUAGAAUCACCUUUCGCUGCAAUUGUAGCUUCAAGUCAUCUAAACAAUAGGAAGCUAUUGUUGCUUUUGCUGUAAGUUUGGUGGUGUCCUGGUGGAAGGACAACACCAACCCAGUCUUAAGUUCUCCAUCCAUCUUCCUAUAAACUCUGAGCAGCUUUACUGUCCCUGCUGAAGAAAAGCAUCUCCGCGGCAUGACGUUGCCACUACCAUGUCUCACCAUAAGAAUGGUGUUUUCAGGGUGAUGUACAGUGUUGGGUAAAUUCACUUCACAAUUAUGCACUACUUUGUGCUGGUCUAUCACAUAAAAUCCUGUUAAAGUACAUUUAAUUUUCACUGGAUUUUACUGAGGGUUAGCCGAGCAAAAGGGGCUCAAUACAAAUACACGCCACACUUCUGAUUUUUAUUUGUGCAAAGAUUAGAAAUGCAUGUUUCAUUUCUAUGUCACUUCGGAGUUGGACACUGCUUUGUGUUGGUCUUUCCCAAAAAAUCCCAGGAAAACACAUGGAAAUGUGGGGUUAUAAGGUGGCAACUUUUUUGCAAGCCAAGUCUGUGCCAUUUUACAAAAAAGAAGCACCAAACUUGGACGUAGCAGGUAAACAUUUAUUUUGUCCCAAAAAUCAUAAACAAAAUGAAUUAAAGCAUUUCUUCUGUGUAUUUUCUGUACAUAAGCACUAUCUGAAAGGCAUUAGAAGUAAAUGUAUAUAUGUAACAAAUGUUCCCCUUCUUGCACUUUUUAUCUUUGUUUGGAGUUUGUAGAGCACUGUAUUUGAUAAAUGUAUUCAUAAAGUAUGAAUGAAUUGUAGAAUGAAGCAUUUCAGUAGCUGCUUGACUCUGUAAUGUGUUCAGCUUUUUGUUUGCCUGAAAAUAAGCUAUUUCCUUUUUUUAUUUUCUUCAUAUCCAUUGUAAAUGAGCAUUUUGUAUUAUGUGCACAGUGUGUUUUGCUGAGUGCUUUGUUGUAUAAACACAUUUUUAUUUCUGUUCGUAUGGUGACACCAGAUUUUCGGUUUUAAAUACACAUUCUCAUCGUUAAAGUGAUUUUAUUAUGAAUAAAUUGAAUAAAGAAGUAAAGAAGAAAGAUUUA